UCUUCUUUUUUUCGUUGUGAUCUUUUUUAAAAGAUAGUCCUUGCCACUGACCUCCGUUAGAUUCCCCACUUCUUCGGGCGACAACGUUCGUCCACCGCCCACUCGUCGCAUCCGCUACAACUCUGUUAUAUAUAAAAGAACCGGAGAAAAUAUCCUGGAAUACCCCGUAGCAGUUUGUUGUAUUUAAGUAUUGUGACGAUAUACUAAACAUGGGCUUUUUGCCAAGUAUUUCUGCAACCGUGGCAAGUUUAUUGAUGUUACUAUUAAUUUACGAACAAAAUGAACUGGUGACGGCAACCGAAACAUUGUCAAAGGUUUGUUUAGGUUGUAUAUGCGAAGCUGCGUCUGGGUGUAAUGUUACGCUUGGUUGUGACGAGUCUGUUUGCGGACCAUUCCGUAUAACAUGGCGUUAUUGGGCCGAUGCUGGAAAACCAGUUCUCGAUAAUAAUUCUAAUUCGAACCAAGAUGGAUACGUGCAAUGUGUAAGUGAUGCAUACUGUGCAGCUCGUACGGUACAGGGUUACAUGGACAAAUUUGCUCAGGACUGCAACGGAGACGGUAAAAUCAAUUGCGACGAUUUUCUUCGUAUUCACCGAUUGGGUGGAUACGGAUGUAGCGCCCCUUUGAACUCGAAAUAUGAAAAUACUUACAAACUUUGUAUGCAGACUUUUGAUAAGCAGUAAUUAAGAAAUUAAUCAACUUUAUGCGUGUAUACAUACUUCUUCUGUUGUAAGUUGAAAUAACUAAAUAAAUCGUAGAAUAAUAUUA